CCAUAGAGACCCACGUCGUUUCUUUCGUACUACGUACGACUUACCAGCCGAUGUAGGACGACUAUAAAAGCCGACUGCCACAUCCAAGAAAGCCUGUCAAGUGCGAAGCUGUGCCGUUGUUAAGUUCUUUGUGAUGGCGCGCUUUUACAGUGCGCUAUUUUUAAUUUCACUGGCCGCCAUUACCGGCGCCCAGGAAGAAACGGCAGCAAAAAAAGAGGAUAGUUUUGAAACGGAACUUUGUAAAGAUAAAGAUGCGGGAGAAUGGUUUAGAUUAGUAGCGGGUGAAGGAGAUAAUUGCAGAGAUGUUAUCCAAUGUACAUCCUCAGGUCUUCAAGCAAUUCGUUGCCCAGCCGGUCUUUACUUUGAUAUUGAAAAACAAACUUGUGAUUGGAAAGAUUCCGUAAAAAAUUGCAAGUUGAAAAAUAAAGAGCGAAAAGUAAAGCCUUUACUUUUCACCGAUGAACCUCUUUGUCAAGAUGGCCAAUUAGCUUGUGGAGAUGGUAGCUGUAUAGAUAGGGGUCUAUUUUGUAACGGAGAAAAGGAUUGUGCCGAUGGUUCAGAUGAAAACACUUGUGAUAUUGAUAAUGACCCGAAUAGAGCGCCACCUUGUGAUCCAGCCGUUUGUGUACUACCGGAUUGUUUCUGUUCCGAAGAUGGAACCCAAGUUCCCGGGGAUUUACCCGCUAAAGAAGUUCCUCAAAUGAUUACGAUUACUUUCGACGAUGCUAUCAACAACAAUAACAUUGAGUUGUACAAAGAAAUUUUUAAUGGAAAUCGCAAAAACCCGAACGGUUGUGAUAUCAAAUCGACCUUCUUCGUUUCUCAUAAAUACACUAAUUAUUCCGCGGUUCAAGAAAUGCAUAGAAAAGGACACGAAAUUGCUGUCCAUUCGAUUACUCAUAACGAUGAGGAGCGUUUUUGGAGUAAUGCAACCGUUGAUGAUUGGGCGAAAGAAAUGGCUGGAAUGAGAAUAAUAACCGAGAAAUUCGCGAAUUUAACCGAUAACAGCGUUGUAGGAGUAAGAGCUCCUUAUUUAAGAGUUGGUGGAAAUAAUCAAUUUACGAUGAUGGAAGAACAAGCUUUCUUAUAUGAUUCAACAAUUACCGCACCAUUAAGUAACCCACCAUUAUGGCCUUACACCAUGUAUUUCAGAAUGCCGCAUAGAUGUCACGGUAAUCUUCAAAGUUGCCCAACAAGAAGUCACGCAGUUUGGGAGAUGAUUUUAAAUGAAUUAGAUCGAAGAGAAGAUCCAACCAACGAUGAAUAUCUCCCCGGUUGUGCUAUGGUUGAUUCUUGCUCAAACAUUUUAACCGGAGAUCAAUUUUAUAACUUCUUGAAUCACAAUUUCGAUAGGCAUUACGAAGAAAAUCGCGCCCCUCUUGGAUUAUAUUUCCAUGCGGCUUGGUUAAAAAAUAAUCCCGAAUUUUUGGACGCUUUCCUUUAUUGGAUUGACGAAAUUUUAAGCAAUCACAACGACGUUUAUUUUGUAACGAUGACCCAAGUAAUUCAAUGGAUUCAAAAUCCAAGGACAAUUUCUGAAGCGAAAAAUUUCGAACCAUGGAGGGAAAAGUGCGUCGUCGAUGGUAUUCCUGCUUGUUGGGUACCACAUUCUUGUAAAUUGACAUCGAAAGAAGUGCCCGGGGAAACCAUUAAUUUGCAAACGUGCGUGAGGUGCCCCAAUAACUAUCCGUGGGUAAAUGAUCCUACCGGAGAUGGUUUCUUCUAAGUCAUGUACAAGUGUAAAUAAGUGAAUUAUAUCGGACUGCGAUUAAA